AUGUCAGCGGACGUGGCCUUCGACCUGGUCACGGCCGGCAUCUGCGCCACCCUCAUCCUCAUACGCUGCGGGUACCGCCUGUUAUGGCGGUGCAGAGUCCACGCAUCCUGCCACCGGACAUGGCAUGCCGACGAUGCCUAUAUGGCCUUUGCUCUCGUCCCGCUCAUCGGCCGCACGACCUGCAUCGCCGUCUCCUUCAUGCUCAACCCGACACACACAUACGGUCCCGCCACCGAGGGGCAAGCGGCCGCGCGUGGCCUCACCGUCGAGAAGCUGGCCGAGUAUUACGUCGUCUCACACAAGUUGGUCAUCCCGGCGCGGAUAUUCUAUGCUCUGUUCUUAUGGUCAUUGAAGCUCUGCUUGCUCAACUUCUACUCCCGAUUCGUGGAUGUUUUCCAUUGGGGCAAAGUCGCAACCACGGCCCUCUGGUGGUUCAUCGUCGUUACAUAUUUUGUUAUUCUGAUACCCACUCUCGUGGAAUGCCGGCCACUAGAUUUGAUGUGGUCUCCUGAUACCUCUGGUGCCAAUACCUGUCACCGGGCGCUGGGAAACCUAAUCACCAUGGCCGUUUUCAACAUCAUCACCGAUAUCGCUCUGAUCGUUUUCCCAUUUCCCAUCCUGCGGCACGUCAAGCUUGACGGCAAGGCAAAGGCGCAACUCAUCCUCUUAUUUAGCAUCGCAGGCCUCAUUGUUGCUGUCACUAUCCUGCGACUGCCCAUGAUACUAAACCAGGCGGUGUCGCAGAGAUCUCGCUCCAUGUGGGCAUCCAUAGAGAUACUCUGCGCUUGUAUCGUCGCGAACGCGGCAUUCUAUUACGCGCUGUUGAAAGAUUACCAGCUGGGGCACGAUUCUCGCGUCGGGGGCUCGAGCUAUUACGCCCAGCAGCCCGACUACUACAUGCAAGCGAUCCCUUCGCCUGACGCGAGCAGCGGCGUUUUGCCGUCCCGCACGCUAGAGGUGCCAGAUUAUUGGGCGGUAGACGGGAGGUCUAGCAGGUCUAGCAGGUCUAUCCGCAUACCCAUGAUAUCAUGA